AUUUUCGCUCCGAAGCUGGCAACCAAGAUUUUUUCUUAUUCUCCAGUGCAGCACUGACUGAUCGAGUGUACACCAUAUGUCUGAGGAUACACCUGAAAUAUAAGUACGCUGAGAAAGAAUGACAAUUUAGUCUUACCACACUAUUGUUAGUAGCUAUUGCAAUCUUACGGAGUUUCACGAGGCCCCGUUUUGAGCAAGACUAGGCAAUGGAUUAUUCCCGAAAAGAUUCCGAGAAAGCCAUCUUUGCAGUAAGAGAGGUUGUCUGCGGUCUUCCUAUUUACCAAACAAGAGGAAUGGCAUGUGCCGUUGAUGUGAGAGGGAAGCAGUGCUUGGUAACUUGGGAGGGUGUUUUCAAAGAGGAUGAUCGUGCCCUUAUCGAGUCAGUGAAAUUGCAUCGGGGCUCGAGAAACUUUCAUAACGACGAGAAGAGAUAUAGGCUAGAAAUAUCAGCGAUUAAGCAAGCUGGCAGCUGUUCGUUUAUUUCAGUGAAGGCUCUUAAAGGUAGCAACGCGUCUGAGACACUCAAGACUACAACUGAUUCUAACAUCCUUAAGUUGAUUAUUCCAAGAAGUGACGUAAUUGUUAAAGAUGUCUGGGCACAGUCAUUUAUCGGAAGCAACAAACCGUUGAAAUUUAAAUUCAAGUACAAACGCGAAACGAAAAAGCAUGAACUGAAUUCUUUUGAGGGGGAGAAAUGUAUCAUCGAGAAGUCUGUUGUUCUUGGAUCGCCUAUUAUUACAACAGAGGGUGUGAUUGGUGUUGUAGGAGAGGAUGCUGAUGGACAACCUAUUCCCUAUUUCAUAACACAGACAGAACUUGAUCACAGAGACAGGGAUCCAAGUGAGAGUGAGAAUGAUGAAGAAAAAAAAAGUCUUGAUGAUCUAGAUUCUGCUGGCUCUACCGGACAAACUGCUAAGAAUUUUAAGCAGCUGAAAGAAGCAAUCAAUGACAAGAGUAAGCGAGGUCUUGAGGAGAUAAAGAAUGCUGUAUCAAGAAUUGGUUUUGUAAUUUCUGAUAAUGAAGGAAAUGGAAAUUGUCUGUUUCAUGCUUUAUGUGAGCAACUGGAAAUUGUUAAAGGAAUUUCAAUUAAGCAUGAUGAAUUGAGGCAAACCUUAGUUCAAUACCUCGCAGAAAACCCAAGUAUGGAAGAUGGAACUUGUCUGUUUAGCCUCUUAGAGAGUAGCCAACGUAGCAGUUUUGUUACAUGGGAUAAUUACCUAAGAGACAUGGCAAAAGAUGGCACUUGGGGUGAUGAAAUGACAAUUAUUGCAGCAGCAAACUGUUAUAAAACCAUUAUUAAUGUGAUCAGGGCACUACCUGGAACUACCUUGGUUAUCCCUAUCAAGCCAGAAUGUGAAGUAAAAGGUGGACAUACAGUUUGGCUGGGGCACAUAUAUAACUUCCAUUUUGUCAGCCUUCUUAAAGCUGCAGUAGCUACAUCAGAUCAAGUUAUUAAUGGAACUCAGCAGAAAGAAUGUCAAGAAUCGAAGGAGAAGCCCGAUCAUGAGAAGACAUCCUCCAGUACUGAAACAGUCCCUGCUGUCAAUUCUACCGAGGAAAGUAAGAGGUCACCAUUUGUUCUCAUCCAUUUUAGAAUGUUCUUCAUUUUGAUUUCUAUUUCCUCCCAGCUUACCGGUACUUUUUUAUUGUAAGUGAAAAUGAAAAGUAGAUUUAAGGUAUAUUUCCUCUUGUGUAUUUUACACAGAUCAUGAGAAGGCAUCUUAUAGUACUGAAACAGUCCCUGCUUUCGAUUCUACAGAUAAUAGUAUGAGGUCACCUUUUGUCCUCAUCCAAUCUUUUAGACAAGAGAUGGUGUAGGGUUGAGCCUUAGGUGCAAGCAUAUGAUGUUUUGGAUUUUGCUAUAUCAAAAAUAGAGUACACAAUUGUAAAUAUUUCAACACAGUUUAUCUAUUUUAUUAUUUACAGAUAUUGUUGGUGUAACAAUAUCUACAUUCAAAUACGUCGAGUUUAAAAUUUAUAGGUGAUUGAGUUUAUGCGAGAGGUCAUUUGUAACAGUGCCU